AUGCUCUCCUACAUCUCGCCCAGCUCAUCGGCAGCGCCUUCGCCCCGCUCUUGCGUCUCCCCCUCACCUCUGGCUCACAAGCUCAACGUCAUCGGCUCCCCACUCGCACUGUCUCCUCACGGUUCACCUUCGUUCCGGGGCAUCGUCCACCCGGUGACUCCACCUCCUUUCACCCUGGCUUCGGACAAACCGAGCACGACCGGGAAAAGCGCUACGACCGGUCUGGGCACUGGUGGUCACCCGACCGCGCUCGGAAGGCAGUAUUCCACAUUGGGAGCGCCGUCGGGACUAGCAGGCGCGCAUGUGAGCAAGUCAAUGUCGACGUACGGGUCGUUCGACUACGAAGCCGAAGGGUCCAACUACCCCGCUAAACGGAUGGACUCGGUGCACGAAGCGUUGAAAGAGUUGCACGAGAUCUUGAUGGGGGACGUCGGGUCGUCCGAGUCGUCUUCCGACUCGGGGGAAGAUGCCGGUGAGGGAGCUUUCGAGAUGGACGACGACGACGAAGACGAAGCGAGGGAUGAGGUCAAACUGCCAGUCUCUCCUCCCUCGGUGGGGAUCAUGAGCGGGCGACGGGCUAGCUUGAUGGCCGCACAGAGACCCAGGGAGAAGCCGAGCAAAGGGUGGAGAAAGGGGGUCGCUAGGGAGAGCGUGAGGUUUCAAUUAAUGGUCGACGUCCCCUGUUGGGAGCCCGGUUGCUACAGUGACCUCUCGUCCAUGCAAGCCCUCCGCGACAAGACCCUCAAGGCGUUGCACAACCUCAUCGACUCGCUUCACCUCCGAGGCAUCCGCUCGACCUACCGUCUCCACUCGACCGCCAACGGGGGCGCAUGGGGUUGCAUCCGCGUCGCACCAUUCAUGUCCUCUAGGCUCGGCCCGUCCGCGUCCUCGUCCUACCACAAGGCGCCCACCUCACCCCUCUCUUCCUUCUCGCCCGUCACACCUUCGAGCUUGUUGUUAAACGCCCAGACGAGGAGGUCGACCGUAGCAGGGAGCUUGCCGACGACGUCUUCCUCCUGGAGCGGGGACGGCAAGGCGGCCAUGUUGGAGAAGAAGGAGAUGGACGAAAAAGAAAGGGUCGCCGAGAGGAUCAAAAAGGCGCUCGAGGAGGAUGGAGAGGGGAUUGUCGAGGAAAACCGCACCUACUUGCUUGCCGUCAACGGUCAACCCGCUCUCAUCUUGACCUGA